AUGGCAUAUACACGUGCACCUGCUUCGGACUAUGAUGAUUGGGGAGUUGAUGGUUGGGAAUCUCUGAAAUUGAUUCCUCUCAUGAAGAAGCUGGAGAAAUACGAAGCGCAGCCCGAUUGUCCAACUCACGGCUAUGACGGACCUAUCAAAGUGUCAUCUAGUGGGUGUAAAAUGGGUAUCUCCAACGAGUUCAUCCAGGUUGGCGCGACCUAUCACAAGAGACAGUGUGCAGAAGAUACUGACGAUUUGGAAACAUGCAACACAUACAGUCCAUGUCAGAAGUACUUUGAUGGGUCAACUGGAAUGCGUUCUGAUGCGGCUCAUCACUAUAUCUACAACCAAGCUCACAACCCGAAUUUACACGUCUGGGACGGAAAGCGCGUGAAGCGUGUCAUCUUCGAAAACAAGCGUGCUGUAGGCGUCGAGUUCACCAGCGACCCAGUGUCUUGCCCGGAUGCAGAUCAGUCGUCAAGUAUUGUAAGAGCAUCAAAACUUGUUGUUGUCUCUGCUGGGGCGUUCGGUUCCCCGACCAUUCUGGAGAGGUCUGGGAUUGGUGCCGAGGCGAUCCUCAAACGGUGCGGCAUCGAGCAACUAGUGAAUUUACCUGGCGUCGGAGAAAAUUAUCGAGAUCAUUAUCUCGUCCUUGUUCCAUACCUGGCUACCGACGACAUCGCUACCCCCUUUCGUGGGGACAGUAUCCUACAGCAAAGCCUUGCACGAAACAGCCUUGAUUCAAAAAUCAAGUGGCGUCCUGAUGACGAGGAAUUGAAAGCCAUGAGUCCAGCUUUUCAACUUCGCUGGAAGGAUUUCUUCCAGGACCGGCCAGACAAAGCUGUUGCACUAUUUACUCCUUUUGCGCAAUACAUUCCACCGCCAUCAAGGCCACUAUCGAACAUCUUAGCUCCUCGUAGCUCCAUGACUGCCUGUUAUUAUAUACUUUACCCUGUGUCUGUUGGGAGUGUCCACAUCAACAUGACAGAGCACGGCAAAGAACGAAUGGACUUUAAUACAGGUAUCCUAGAUGAUCCAUCCGAUAUUGUUCCUCUCAACUUCGGGUACAAAAAGACACGCGAAAUUUUCCGACGCAUGGCUUCCUACCGAGGUGAAUUCGCUGCUGGCCAUCCUGAUUUCCCGGAGGGAAGCGCUGCAGCCUGCAGAGAAGCCUCCGGGCCAGUGGACUUGUAUGCGCCUGACAUUGUUUACACUACCGAAGAUGACGAGGCGAUCGAUCGAUUCCACCGCGAUAUCGUGCAAACGAUGUCGCACUCGCUUGGGACUUGUGCCAUGAAACCGGAGGCAGAUCAUGGAGUCGUCGAUGCUCGGCUUAAUGUAUACGGGGUGUCGAACAUGAAGGUUGCAGAUAUGUCCAUUUCGCCGUUGAAUGUUGGUGGGAACACUUAUUCGACUGCACUUCUCAUCGGAGAGCGGGCUGCGAUGAUCAUUACCGAAGACUUGGGCAUCGAUUGCGUUUGA